AUGGAACAACGUAGAAGGGUACAAAAUAAAGCAAAAUCGCAAAGAGUGCCAGAUGAAGAGAUAUCUACUUCAAGGGUUAUAAAAGCGCUCUUUCUUACCUUUCUUUCGCUCCUUUUAAUUGUCCUUUGGGGUUAUCAUUCAGUUUGGGCUGUUAAGGUUGUGAUUUACAAGACAUAUGGUAAUUUGAUUAAUAACUUGGUAUUUGGACCGGGUACUUUAAUCGCCAAUGGUGGAUUAAGUGUCAAGUUUGUUACUUAUUUGAAUGAGAUUCUAUUAGACGAUAAAAUCGAUGCAGAUCAUAAAAAGUAUCUUUGA